UUCGUCAGCACUUUUCCAUUAAUGCCUGGCUGCUCCAGUGAACCUACACUACUGAAUGACUUGAUGUGGGAUGAAAGCCGAGGGAGGGUUUUAUCAGUAUAAUAACCCAUAACAGGACCUACGGGCGCUUUUCCCACUCGUGAAGUGAACGGUGAUUUGCAAGAAGAAGAAGAAAAAGCGUCUCAGAAAUCAAUAUAUAAACUCUCACUUUCUGUACUGUCUAGCAGAUAAAGGGCACUUUGAAGCAGCAAUAGGUCACCUCUGUUUUCCUAUCAGACUUUGCUCACUGCUGCUGGAGUUGUGUAGAACUACACGCUAAAGAGUCUGCACCAUUGAACUACUAGCACAAACACAGACCACAAUCAAGGCAUCCAAGGACGCGACGAAAGACAGAACUAUCUCUUGCAAUUACUAACACUCUCGCAGGACUAAAAACAUGAAUGGGCAGUGAUUUCUUCAAGGCAGCUUCUUCUGUCGCUCUUUUUUCUUCCUUUUUUUUACACUUACCAUGCACGAUAAAAAAAAGCAGCACUAGCUAGCUAUCUAUAAGAGAAUCGACCACACACUCCUGAUCUGUCUUACAUCUGGUAUCGGAUAGGAGCAAACAGAACGAUGCUGGGGAAUUCGAGCAUCUCCCGUGUGUUUUUUGGUUUCCUCUUUGUCGUUUGGAUAACAUUUUGCCUGACGUUGGUGGACGUUGCCAGGUCUCAGCAGCCGAUUCCCCUGUCUGUUGUCAAGUUAUGGGCCUCUGCGUUUGGAGGAGAAAUCAAAUCAAUUUCAGCCAAAUACUCGGGUUCACAACUUCUACAGAAGAAAUACAAAGAGUAUGAAAAAUCAGUUCUCGUUGAAGAAAUCGAUGGUCUACGUCUGGUCAAAAAGCUGGCGAAAGAUAUGGAAGAGAUGUUCCACAAGAAGGCUGAAGCAAUGAGAAGACUUGUAGAAGCUGCUGAAGAAGCCCAUUUACAGCAUGAGGAUGACCCUGAGUUGCAGUAUGAAUAUUUCAAUGCUGUGUUGAUAAACGAAGUGGACCAGGAAGGCAACAGUGUGGAACUUGGACAGGAGUUUAUUUUGCAGCCAAAUGACCAUUUUAAUGAUUUGUCGGUCAACAUCAGCCUCAGCGUUGUUCAAGUCCCAACCAACAUGUACAAUAAAGAUUCUGCAAUAAUGAAUGGGGUUUACUGGUCGGAAGCCUUAAAUAAAGUAUUUGUCGAUAAUUUUGAACGCGACCCUUCUUUGAUAUGGCAGUACUUUGGGAGUGCAAAAGGUUUCUUCAGACAGUAUCCAGGUAUAAAAUGGAAGCCAGAUGAACACGGAGUCAUUGCUUUUGACUGCAGGAACAGAAAAUGGUACAUUCAGGCAGCCACUUCCCCAAAAGAUGUGAUAAUUUUGGUUGACGUCAGUGGAAGUAUGAAAGGACUGCGUUUAACAAUAGCUAGGCAGACAGUUUCCUCAAUCUUGGACACACUUGGAGAUGAUGACUUCUUCAAUAUAAUUGCGUACAAUGAAGAACUUCAUUACGUUGAGCCGUGCUUAAAUGGAACAUUGGUACAAGCUGACAGAACCAACAAACAUCAUUUUAGAGAACAUCUUGACAAGCUUUUUGCCAAAGGAAUCGGAAUGCUCAACAUUGCUUUGACUGAGGCUUUCACUCUUCUUAACGAUUAUAAUCGAACCGGUCAAGGCAGUAUCUGCAGCCAGGCCAUCAUGCUGAUCACAGACGGAGCAGUGGACACCUACGAUGCAGUGUUUGCAAAAUACAAUUGGCCAGACAGAAAGGUUCGCAUAUUUGCCUAUUUAAUUGGACGUGAGACUGCCUUUGCUGAUAACCUGAAAUGGAUGGCCUGUGCUAAUAAAGGAUAUUUCACACAGAUCUCCACGUUAGCGGACGUGCAAGAAAAUGUGAUGGAGUACCUCCAUGUCCUCAGCAGGCCCAAAGUCAUCGACCAGGAACAUGACACUAUAUGGACAGAGGCAUACAUUGACAGUACACUCCCUCAGGCCCAACAGUUUGGUAAUAUGGGACCGGUGCUGAUGACUACUGUUGCUAUGCCUGUAUUUAGCACAAAAAACGAGACUCGCAAUAAAGGUAUUCUUCUGGGUGUAGUGGGGACGGAUGUUCCAGUUCAAGAACUUCUGAAAACGAUCCCAAAGUACAAGCUAGGCAUUCACGGGUAUGCCUUUGCAAUCACAAACAACGGAUAUAUUCUGACUCAUCCAGACCUCCGCCCUCUGUAUGAAACAGGGAAAAAGAGGAGAAAACCCAACUAUAGCAGUGUUGACCUCUCGGAAGUUGAAUGGGAAGAUAAAGAUGACUUUCUCCGCAAUGCAAUGGUGAACAGGGUAACAGGCACGUUUGACAUGGAGGUUAAGAAGACCGUGGACAAAGGGAAACGAGUCCUGGUAAUGACCAAUGAUUACUACUAUACAGAUAUCAAGGGCACUCCAUUCAGUCUAGGAGUGGCUUUAUCUCGGGGUCAUGGGCAGUACUCAUUCAGAGGAAAUGUCACCGUGGAAGAAGGGCUGCAUGACCUGGAGCAUCCAGAAGUGGCCUUGGCAGACGAAUGGACUUACUGCAACACUGAUCUUCACCCGGAGCAUCGGUACCUCACCCAGAUUGAAGCUAUUAAACGCUACCUCACUGGGAAAGAACCAUUGCUACAAUGUGACAAAGAGUUAAUCCAGGAAGUGCUGUUUGAUGCUGUGGUGACUGCACCCCUGGAAGCUUACUGGACCAGCCUUGCUUUAAACAAAUCAGAAAAUUCGGAUAAGGGUGUCGAGAUAGCAUUCUUAGGAACACGCACUGGCCUCUCCCGAAUAAACCUCUUUGUGGUCCCUGAGCAGCUCACAAACCAAGACUUCCUGACAGCUGAAGAUAAGGAGGGUGUAUUCAAUGCGGAUCACUUUCCACUGUGGUACAAGAGAGCUGCAGAACAGAUCCCAGGGACCUUCAUCUAUUCCCUCCCAUUCAGCUCAGGAACAGAAAAUAAAAGUGUGGUGUUAGCCAGUACUGCCAUACAGCUUUCAGAUGACAGGAAGUCUCCCAUUGUUGCAGCUGUAGGUAUCCAGAUGAAACUGGAUUUUUUCCAAAGGAAGUUUUGGACUGCCAGCAGACAGUGUGCAGCACUUGACGGAAAGUGCCCUACAAGCUGUGAUGAUGAUAAUAUCAGCUGUUACCUCAUAGACAACAAUGGGUUCAUUUUGGUUUCUGAAGACUUCUCUCAGACUGGGAUAUUCUUUGGUGAGGUGGAAGGAGCUGUAAUGAACAAAUUGUUACAAAUGGGCUCAUUUAAACGAGUAACCCUUUACGAUUACCAAGCCAUCUGUAAAAUAUAUGCUGAAAGUAGUGACAGUGCACACAGUUUAUUGGAUCCCUAUUUUGCCUUCUUUGCUGCAGUUAAGUGGAUAUUGACUGAGCUUGUCAUAUUUUUGGUGGAAUUCAAUCUGUACAGUUGGUGGUAUUCUGACCUUACUGUAAAAGCACAGAGAGCCAUGCUUGUGCCCUGCGAUACAGAAUACCCUGCCUUUGUGUCGGAACGGACUAUAAAGGAGACCACAGGGAGUUUACACUGCGGGGACUGCACAAAAUCAUUUGUGAUCCAGCAGAUCCCCAGCAGCAAUUUGUUUAUGGUGGUGGUUGAUCAAGAGUGUGAUUGCACAUCAGCCACGCCCAUCACAAUGGAACCCAUAGAAAUCAUGUAUAUCGAAUCCCUCAAGUGUGAGCGUUUGAAAUUACAAAAGGAUAGAAGACGCCCAGAUUCCUGUCAUCCCUUUCACCCCGAGGAAAACUCAAGAGAAUGUGGAGGAGCUCUUGGGCUUCACCCCCGACUUCCCGUUGUCCUUCUGCUGUCUCUGCUCCUCACUCUGUUCCCAAGGUGACAGGGAGACUGGACUGUUUCAUAAAUGGCAUGCUAAAUUACAUGGAGAAAAUCACGAAACAGGAUUCUGAUGUGGCAUAGAAGAAUUUCACUUUAGUUGAAAACAUCAGCAUUUCAUGGACAUUCAUGAAUUUAAACUGUGGCUGGAGUAAUGCUAUGUUUGUGAAGAAGGGUUUCCAACAACCAAAAAAAAAAAAAAAAAAGUAAGUAUCUUUAUAAUUUGCAAGUGGUAACCAUAAACUGUGACACGGGGACAUGAGUUUGCAGACAUGAGUGGUAAUUAUGUUGAGCUUUGCCCUAUCUGAAACGAUCGGAUCCUGUUUGUGUACUUUUUAAAUAAAGUAUCUUUAAAAUAACAA